AUGGAGCAGGCCGGGAGGGCCCCAGCACCCGGGCGAGGGGGCUGCUGUGGGCCUGCUCACCCUCUUGCACCUCCUCUCCUUCCAGGGCGACGCCUGGAGCUCCUGCUGCUGCUGCUGGGCUCAGUGCUCCCCGCCUGGGAAGGCUGCCCCGUGGACUGCGUCUGCUACCCGUCGCCCAUGACAGUCAGCUGCCAGUCCCACAACUUCCUCACCGUGCCGGAGGGGAUUCCAGAGGACGGCGAGCGCAUCUUCCUGCAGAACAACCGGAUCUCACUGCUGCUGCGCGGCCACUUCAGUGCCUCCGUCGUCACCCUCUGGGUCUACUCCAACAACGUCACCUUCAUCGACCCCGAGACCUUCCGCGGCUUCUCCCGCCUGGAGGAGCUGGACCUGGGGGACAACCGCCACCUGCGGGAGCUGGCGGCCGAGACCUUCCAUGGGCUGGCCCAGCUCCAUGCCCUGCACCUCUACAAGUGCGGCCUGGGCUCCCUGCCCAGCGGGAUCUUCCGUGGCCUGCACAACCUGCAGUACCUCUACCUGCAGGACAACCACCUCGGCUACCUGCAGGAGGACCUUUUCCUUGACCUCGUCAACCUGAGCCACCUUUUCCUGCAUGGCAACCGGCUCCGCAGCCUGCAGCAGGACACCUUCCGGGGCCUGGUCAACCUGGACCGCCUGUUGCUGCACCAGAACCGGCUGCAGAGCGUCCAUCGGCGAGCCUUCCACGACCUGCGCCGGCUGACCCUGCUCUUCCUCUUCAACAACAGCCUGUCCGAGCUGCCGGGGGAGUCCCUGGCCCCCUUGGCAGCCCUGGAGUACCUGCGGCUGAACGGGAACCCCUGGGGCUGUGACUGCCGGGCCUGGUCGCUCUGGGGGUGGCUGCGCCGCUUCAGGGGCUCCAGCUCUGCCCUCCUCUGUGCAGCCCCUGAGCCCCUCCACGGGAGGGACCUGAAGGAGCUGCAAGCCGACAGCUUCCGGGGCUGCCCCGGCUCAGAGGCCCCACACCAGACCCAGGGGCCCCGGCUCCCCUCAGCCGAUGGGGCCUCACCCAGGGACCACCCUCCUCUUCUCUCCUCCGCGGAGAGGGGGAUGGGUGGGGUGGGGGGCCAUGGCAUCCAGUCCGGGCAGCGCCCUGGCUCCCGGAAGGCCCUCAAGAACUGCACCAAGAGCCGCAACCGCAGCACCGGGCUGGCCUCCUUGGGACCAUGGAAGGGUGCCGAGGAGGCGCAGGACUUCAAGCACAAGCCCCACCACGGCCUGCUGCCCAAGCCAAAGGGCAAGUGCCCCCGCGCCCCUGUGUUGCCCCCCAGCGGGGUUCAGCAGGCUGCAGGUGCAGGCCGGAGUGCAGGGGGCCGGGCUGCAGAGACCCUCCAGGCUGCCAUGCUCACCUGGGCCCUGGCCUGGGCAGUGAUCUUCCGCUGACGGGGCUUUCCUGGAGCCACGCUGACCCCUGCUGUUGAGCACCAGGGCGAACUCCUCUUCCCUCUGCCGAGGGUUUGGCCUUGUGGAGCAGCCCCUGCCACUGCCGGGCCUUCUCCCGGCCCCCGCC